CGCCCUUCUACGGUCCGUGUAUACCUAAAACUACUAGAAGAAGACCUCAUCACAACAAAUCCGCCUUGACUUUACCUAGCGCUUAACCAUUCAUCUAUUUCAAAUAUACCGAAAAAAUGCUUUAUUUAACCCUACUUCGAGGAUUGCAGCGGUGUGUUGGCCCGCAAUCUCUAAGAAAUGUCAAAUGUAAAGCUCAGUUUUCGGUAGAACCAGGCUGUAUGAGCAGCGGGCUGUCGAGCCCUCACCAGAGGACGGAUACCUCGUUUCUGAGGAGGUCGUUCCACUCCGGGAAUGUCAAGACGCAGUGCAAACCCCUUCUACCCCUGUGUCUCUCCUCAAAAAGUCUCUGCACCUCUGCGUCGGACUACUCUGAGACAGGGAGACUUGUUUACACAGGGAGCCUUGGUAGAGCUAUAAUUGGAGUGAAGAUGUUCUCCUACACCAGCAGUGGCACCAGUCUGUGUCUAAUGCCACACGUCCUCUUCAAGACCGGGCUGGCCACACAGAGUUUGGCUGUGCAGGCGUCCUUCAUCGCGAUCAUCAGCCUCUUCACGUUCGUCACCCCCGUCCUCCUCCACCUGCUCACCAAGGGCUACGUUAUCCGACUGUACCACAACGCCGAUCAGGACACCUACACGGCCGUCACCUGCAACAUCUUCCUGAUGGAGAAGAGGACCGUGUUUAAACAGGGGGAGGUCAGCAUUCCAGCCGUCGCAAAGAUGUUCACCUCGUUCUACGCUGGCCGGAGGAGCAUGCUGGUGAACCCCGACCUCUUCCAGCUCCCCAGUGACUACAAUCAUCUGAUGGGUUAUGACCAGCCAUUCACAUUCAGUGAGGAGGACUUGGAGAGGCAUGACAAAGGCUGAGUGGGUGGGUCGGGUUCCCUGAAAAUAAUAAGGCCCUAAUUCCAAAGAACAAUCAAAUACUGUAAUAAAUCCAGAAAUGGUUUGAUCUUUGGUCAUGUUGUUCUUAUUUUCCAUUUAAUUAUAUCACGUAAGUUCAAUAGAUCAGCCAAUGGUACUAUAAAGAUGGUAAGUCUUAAAAGAGACAUAUUGUGGUGUUUUCAAAACAAGUAAACAUAGUAUUUGAAAUCCGGGUAAAUCUGUCUAUGGUUCGUUCUUUGAAUAUUCAGAUUUAAAACAAAAUCAGAAAAACCAAAUAACAGUCGUUUUUUGGUUUUUCUGAUUUGGUUUUGAAACGGAAAAAGGGCAAAAGGAAUAAACAAAUAAACGGCAGUUGCUUGUUUUGUUUUUGUGAUAUUUAGAUAAAACCACAAUGAAUGCCGGGAAAAGGGCGCGUGGUUUCAAACUUUCCAUUGAGUCAAGCAAUUCUACGAUGGCCAGCUUUAUUGUUUUCCGUGGGAGCCGGUGACUUAGUCUGCGAGUGGACGAUAUGACCGUGGAGAAGAUCGCCAUGAUAUUCCAGGUGGCUGUUUACUAAGAAACCUAGCUGGUCAUAAAACAUUAAAAUACAUCUAAAUGACAAGUAGCCUACAUAUUGUACAAUAGGCUACAUACAUUAGAGGCUAUGCUAUAUCACAUAGGCCUAUUGUCAUGAAGACACAAUUAUAAUGUUCAUGGUCUCAUGACAGCCAAUCUCAAAAUCAACCCCAUAUGGUUAAUAAUAUGUGGUUAAUGUUUGAAUAGUUAAUUGUGUUUUGUAAUUCAUUGUGAUUAAUGUUUUUAUUGAUUAGGCCUAAUGUUAACAUAAAGCUCGAGCUUCUUUUAAGUUUGAUAAUUAGGACUGCUAUGUGACGUUACAUGACAGGUCAUGCUGUCUUAUUUAAUGACAAAGUGGACUGUAUGAAUGCAGUCACUUAUGUUGACUGAAUUGUUAUAACAAUUAUUAAAACUUAAAACAGUUAUUAACAUUCAUGAAGACUGCUUCAGGUUCAUGACAGGUUUCAUGUCAUUCUUAUGCAUAUCCCUUCAAAUAAAGUUUGAUCAAAAAUGUUUAUUUUCAGGUCCAUCCACACUCUCUGUAUUUUACUGACGACAGCAACAGAGGGAUACUCCCUGGACCAGAAGGAGCUUUCAGUCUCACAGACCUCAAAGACGGUGGCCACUAUGAGGUACACGGGGAGAGCACAGCUGAUGAAGGCUCUCAAGGUCAAAACCCUGCUGCUCGCUUUGCCUUUCGCCGCCCAUCCAGCAGUGCUCUCCCCGUUGCCUCAGGAGCUCUGCCUGCUCCCAGAGCUGUGGGUCCAAAGCUAAACACAAGGUGAAUACAAGUACACUGAACAUUUUUCUUUGUCAAUAUCCCUUUCAAACAUUUUGUGUUUGAACGUCUGUAACGUCUGUGAGUAUAAUUAAUUUUGGAACAGGGUGUAUUGGGCAUUAUAAAUGGGCUUAAGUGUUUUGUUUAUGUUUAUACUCAGGAAUGUCUUUAUAGCGGAGGUGGUGGAUGGAAGGCCAGUGACUCGGAAAACGGUGGCAGUACGAUUUUCUGAGUUUGAGGCAUCUGUUAAUAGCAUAAGGGUGAAAGUGGUGGAGGCUCUGGGCGACGACGAGCCUAUUGUGCUUGUGGACAGCCAUGCAAAUGAGAUCCUGGACUGUGAGGGAAACAGAGGAUCUGCAUUCUGGAAGCAGCAUGCAAGAAAGAUCUUUGCUGUUCCCAAAGACCAGAUGCAGAGAACCGGGGGGGGGAAGAAUAAUAAAAGAAGGAGAGAAAGUUAAGCUGUCUGUGAUAAAUUGCAUACCAAAGGUCACUGAAUAAAUAAAAAACACAAAUACAGAACAACUAUCCUUCCCUAAUAUAAAAAAAGAAAGUCCAAGUUAAUACACACUUAACAAUAUGUUCUGUAUAUUUUUCAGUCAACAUGAGGACACAGACCUUCCCUUGGUCGUUGACCAAAUAGGAGGUCAUCCUCACUUCUCAGGGUCUAAAAGAUGUAUCCAAGACGCUCCAAGACCUUGCAAAUUUUGCACAGGCAAACCGAAGGACAUCAAUAAGUCUGAGUAACAGCCAGGCGGCAGCUGUAAAGGCAGCAUUUGCCUGUAUCAUAUGUGGAGAUCCUAUGAAGGAGCCCAUAUUUGCCAGCUGCUGCAGAACCAUCCUGGGCUGCAGCAGCUGUGUGGAGCAAUGGCAGGUUAGCCACACCUACUGCCCUAAAUGCAGAGGUGUGGACUUUUACGGAGGCAACACGCAGCCAGUGGUGGGGCUGGACGAGGCACUGGCUGUACUGCAUAAUAUAAUUUCUUAAGUUAUUGUUUUUGUUCACCAAAUGUUCAUGUUUUGUUAGUUAUCAAUAUACCUUUCAUUUUUAUUUUUUAUUCUAUUUUAAAAUUACUAUUAUGUGUAAUGUCGUGUUAAAUUGUUAU